AUGUCUACCGUCCAAUUUUCCGUCGUGGAUGUCUUCUCUACAACUCCCUAUAAGGGCAACCCACUCGCCGUGGUUGAUGACCUCUCCUCGUCCCUAACGGAUACCCAAAUGAAACAUAUUGCACGGCAAUUUAACCUGUCUGAGACCACCUUUGUUAGCCUACCUACUGUUAAGAACGCCGUAUACAGACUACGCUCUUUUCUUCCAGACGGCAAAGAAGUGUUUGGGGCUGGACACAAUAGCCUUGGAGCGAUAUGGUGGUUAGCGAAGAAGGGGAGCCUAGGAUCUAUUAAGCCAAGCGGUGCAGAUAACCGUAUUCAUUUUAACCAGCAGCUGGGUCCGGAUGCGCUACCCGUCGUCGUAUAUCAGGAUCCUGGAGAUGACAACCAAGGGCUAUCCGUCACCCUCCGUCAAGCACCUCCCAAGUUCCACGGUAUACACCCAAAUCUCGCAGAAUUAGCUGGAGUCUUGGGUAUCAGCGAAGCAUCAAUUGGGUUCAAAUGGGAGGGAAAGACGAUAGCCACACCACAGGUCGUUUCCACUUCCACGACGAGACACCUUCUUGUUCCCAUUUCUGAUGAGACGGUACUUCAUAAUAUCAACUUGGUCGACCGUGACAAAUUAGCCAAGGAAAUUCAAUAUGCGGAUAAUAUGGCGUAUGGAUUAUACCUAUUCACCCCUUCGUCACAGAAUGCGAGCGCCGCAGAUGGUUUGCCUAUCUUCCAUGCACGAUUUUUCAGCCCUGGAAUGUCCGGGGAGGAUCCCGCGACUGGGAGCGCUGCGGGCCCUAUGGCUGCAUAUUUAUAUAAAUAUGGCAUUUUUGAACUUGGAGCUAUGGCUAGCCAGGAAGAACAAAAGGUUGUAGUUCUUCAGGGACUGAGGGCUGGAAGGGCAUGUUAUUUGACUAUCGCCGUUGGGUUAUUGGAAGGGAAAAGUGUUCAGGGUAUCGAUGACAGAGAGGCCGUCAGCACAAGUGUAACCGGGCAGGGAGUGGAAGUUAUGAAAGGGAGUCUGGUUAUCCCUGGGACCGAGAUGAAGUUUUGA